AUGGAUUCACUAACUGUAGAGGAACUUUCUUGCCCUGUGUGUCUUGAAAUCUUUAAGGAUCCUCUUCAAUUGUCAUGCAAUCACAAUGUCUGUAAAGAGUGUCUGCAACAGCUGUGGAGAACCAAGGAAACUCGGGAGUGUCCUGUCUGCGGGAGAACAUCCUCAAAAAAUCCUUCCUGUAAUCUUGUGUUAAAAAACUUGUGCAAGUCAUUCCUGAAGGAGAGAAAUAAGAGGUGUUUAGCAGGGUCUGAAGAGAUCUGCAGUUUACAUGGUAAGAAACUCAAACUCGUCUGUCUGGAGGACAAACAGCCGGUGUGUUCAGUGUGCAGAAAUACACAGAAAUAUGCCAAUCAAACGUUCAGACCCAUCAGUGAAGUUGUCCCAUCAUGUAAGGAGGAGCUCAAUGCAGCACUGAAGUCCUUUCAAGAGAAACUUAAACAGAAAGAAAACCUUAAAAGAGAGUUUGAGAAAACAGUUCAACAUAUCAGGUCUCAAGCUGAAUACACAGAGCAUCAGAUUAAAGAGCGGUUUAAGAAGCUUCGUCAGUUUCUUAGAGAUGAAGAAACAUCUACAAUUAUUGCACUGAGGGAGGAAGAGGACCAGAAGAAGCAGAAUAUGAAGGAAAAGCUGGAUGACAUGAACAGACAAAUCUCAGCUCUUUCACACACUAUCAGAGAUUUGGAGGAGACAAUGAAGAGUAAUGAUGUCUGCUUUCUAAAGAAGUUUCCAGUCACGAUGGAAAGAGUCCAGAUCUCACAGCCAGAUCCACAGAUGGCUUCUGGAGUUUUAAUUGAUCUGCCCCGUUAUUUGGGCAACCUGCCAUACAGAGUCUGGAAGAAAAUGCUGAACUCUGUCCAAAAGACUCCAGUGACUCUGGAUCCAAACACGGCUCAUCCACAUCUCAUCCUGUCUAAUGAUCUGACGCGUGUCAGAUACAUUUGGGACGAACAACAGCUCCCUGAUAAUCAAGAGAGAUUUGACAUCUGUGAGUGUGUUCUGGGUUCAGAGGGUUUUAACUCAGGAAUGCACUUCUGGGAAGUAGAGGUUGAAGAGAGUGAAUGCUGGAGUCUUGGAGUAACUACAGCAUUAAACCAAAGGAAAGGACGUGAUUUCUGUAACUCGAAUGUCUGGUGUGUGCAGUAUGAUCCAUACAAACUGCUUGGGCCUGGUUUUCCUGUUAAACAGGAGCUUAAGUGUGUGAGAGUUGAUCUGGACUAUGACAGAGGAACAGUAUCAUUCUCUGAUCCUGUAACUUACACACAUAUACACACAUUCACAACCACCUUCCCUGACGUCAUCUUUCCAUUUUUUUGUAAUCUUGAUGAAGUUAAGUGUCUGAGGAUUUUACCAGUUAAACUGUAAAAACAAUCACUGAAUCACUUAAUAAAUUUAAAUGCAUUUACUUGUGCCAUCUUACAUAUUUACUAUGUUAAAGUCUGAAUUUUGCGAAAAUUAAUCUCAACACAUUUUACAAAAGCGAGCGAGGAACAGUUAUGUUGCCCUUUUCACAGCCUCUCACUGAGUGAAGACACUUCAAUUUCUCAAACAAUCCAAUGUCUUACAACCAAGCUUUUUCUUCCUUUCUUAUAUUUGCUCUCUCUGCAUCAGCUCAUUCGUUGUGUUGAUGGGGCACAGGUGUGACCACUCAGCCCGUGAUGAGCAGGUGCAGGUGUGACUGCUCAGUUUUUAGGGUGACGCUAAUGAGAGCUCGGGACACGUGUCCCUCUCCACCGCGGCGUACCUUUGUUCCGCUGGGGUCAGCUUUCGGCUUAUGUAUAUCACCGGGUGUUCCUCACCGUCGUGGCCCCAACCUGGUGUAGGAUGAGUCCGUCUGCAACAGGAAGGGGCAGUUGAAGUCAGGGGCUCAAAGGUGACGCUUCCGUCUCGGGGGACCACGGGACCUUCUCCGGCUGCCCCUUCCUGGUCAGGUCUGUCAGGGGAGAAGCUAAGGAGGAGAAGUUAGGGAUAAAGCAGUGGUAGUACCCUGCCAACCCCAAAAAGGCUCAUCCCUGCAUCUUGGAGGUGGUCAGCGGCGUGGGGAGGAUAGCUGCCACCUUCUCUUGUGGUCUAAUGAGUCCGCAACCCACCUGGUACCCCAGGUACUUAGCGUCGGCGAGGGCCAGAUGACACUUCCGAGGGUUGGCGGUCAGGCCAGCCUGGCGUAGUUCCAACAGCACCCUCUGCAACCCCUCGACAUUGUCCCUCCAAGUCUCUGAAUAAAUGACGUCGUCGAGGUAGGCCGCCAUAUAUGCUUCGUGCAGCCGGAGGAGGAUAUCCAUCAAAUGUUGGAAAGUUGCCCGGGCCCCAUGUAGGCCGAAGGGAAGGACCCGGUACUGCCUGUAGCCACUUGGGGUAGAGAAUGAGAUGAACCGGACCCUUCCCAAAUGGUCCAACAACUCAUCGACACAGGGUAUUGUGUAGCAGUCAAAUUCAGAGACUUCGUUAAGGUGGCGGAAGGCGUUACAGAAGCAGAGGGUGCCGUCGGGCUUUGGAACCAUGACGAUGAAGCUGGACCAUGGGCUGCAUGAUGGUUCAAUUACCCCUAAGCUCAGUAUUUCCUGUACCUCUUCCUCGAUGGCGGGUCGCCGAGCCUCCGGGACACGGUAGGGCCACUGCCGGACAAUGGUCCCCGGUGAUGUGCGGACAUCAUGCGCCAAGAUGUGGGUCCGCCCAGGCUGGAGGGAGAACUCAUCCAGAAACUGAUUGUCCAGGUGUUGCAGCUCCGACUUCUGGGCGGCGGAGAGUUGGGGGAUCCAUAUCAACAACCACGGGAGUCAAGCUGGUGUAGGCAGAGAGCUGGGGCACAGUCCCGACCCAGCGCUCCAGAAGAUUGAUGUGGUAGAGCUGAUCUGCUUUCCUUUUGCCUGGUUGCCGCACACUGUACGUAACGGGCCAAUCUUUUCGGUGACAGUGUACAGUCCCUGCCAGGUGGCUACGAACUUGUAGGCAGCUGUGGGAACCAGAACGUGGUCUCCUCGCUGGAACUCCCGUGGUUGGGCUGCCCGGUUGUAGUGACACUGCUGCGCUUGUUGUGCCUUGACGAGGUGUUCCUGGACGAUGGGCAUGACUUGGUCGAUCUGCUCCUGCAUCUUACGCACGUGUUCCAUGGGCAACGUCAAGCAGACCGCGGAGUUGUCGGCCGAAGAGCAGCUCAAAUGGCGUAAAGCUGGUGGAGGCCUGAGGGAUCUCUCGGAUACCGAAGACAGUGUUGUGCCUGAACGCGUUCAUUGAACGAUAGUUCAUGAACUCGUUCAUAUUUUGGGCGAACGUGAACUGAACGUGCUUUAUUAAUGCCUGAUGAACGUUACUGUCAACUCGUUCAUUCAAAACCCGGCUAAAACACACCGUAAACGGGUCUUAAUAUGUAGCGGAAAAACACCCAAUCUGGCAACACCAGCCACCAGUGUCCCACCGCCGUCCGCCGCAUGCGUGACGCCUCAUCAAACCUCACCGACCUUGUCAUAAACAUCAUAAAAU